AUGGCUCCCGCAAUGUUGCUUGGGCGAGAUGCUGCCAGCGCAACAGGUGGUGCCGUGGACAAGUCGCUGCAGAAUUGGAACACAGCAACACAGUCACUAUGCAUCAUCGCAAUGACGGUAUUUUUCGGCUUGCGGGUCUACGCCCGAGUCUUUAUUCUUCAUGGGUUCGGAAGAGAAGACUGGACGUGCUUGGGAGCUUGGUUCCUGGGAGUCAUGUAUUCUGUCAUUGCUCUCAUAAUGGGACAUUACGGCGGUGGACUACACCAGCCCGAUGUGCCUCAUUCAAAUCUAAUUUCCUUCCACAAGACCGUCUACGUGACCAUGGUCAUGUACGGCCCCACGGCAUUCCUGACCAAAGUCUCGCUGCUCUGGAUCAUGACAAGAGUCUUCAGUCCGUACCGCAAGGCCGUGAUCUUUAUCUAUGUCUUCCUGGCCAUCAUGCUGCUCUACUACAUCCCCGCGGUCAUCGUCAAGAUCCGCAUCUGCGACCCCAUCGCCAAAUUCUGGGAAGAUUCCACCCCAGGCUCCUGCCUGGACCAGUCGGCAAUCAUUCUCGCCGACGCCGUCGUCAGCGUCGUCAGCGACAUCAUCAUCCUUCUCGUCCCGCUCCCCCUGACCCUAACCCUGCAAAUGCCCAUGCGGAAGAAACUGCGCGUGAUGAUUAUCCUCGGCGCAGGCGGCGUGGCCUGCGCAUCCAGCGUCGUCCGUCUCGUCCUCAUCCUCAGAACCGGCCAGUCCGAGGACGGCACCUACUCGUUUAUGCGAAUCAACAUGAUCGGCAACGCCGAAAUCGCCAUCGGCGUCAUCUGCGCCUGCCUCCCCGCCCUCUCCGCCCUCAUCAGCAACGUCUACCACGAAUACUCCAGCAACAAAGCCACCAACACCUCCACCCACGAGCUCAGCCGCGUGACCAAGCAAAGCCGCUCCGACAAGCACAACAGCCGCAGCAAGCACCAGAUGAGCUUCCUCGACGCCAGCUCCGACCAGGAUAUUCUCGUGCACAACGCGCAGGGCGAGCCCAAGAUCGAGACCUCCAUCCGCGGCGACAGCUCGACGCAUCGCACAAUCCCCGUCGAGGCGACGGGAAUCAUGAAGACGGUGGAUGUGUCGACGUCAGUGACGACGAGAUAA